CUUUUUCGGGAACUUGCCCCUUUUUGAACAAAAGAGCAAGGAAGAAUGCCGGGUGGCCAAGGUCUCCGUGCCCGCACGCGGCAUAUGUUUGCCCGUGGCUUUCGCCAGAAGGGCUUCAUUCCACUGACCACGUACCUGCGGACCUACAAGCUCGGGGACUUCGUGGACAUCAAGGUUAAUGGUGCCAUUCAUAAGGGUAUGCCCCACAAGUGGUACCAGGGCAAGACUGGUGUCGUCUGGAACGUCACUAAGCGCGCCAUCGGUGUGGAGAUAAACAAGCGGGUUGGCCACCGUAUUAUCAAGAAGCGCAUUCACGUGCGUGUGGAGCACGUUCAGCCAUCGCGGUGCCGCGAGGAGUUCCUGGCGCGCCGUGCAGCAAAUGAUGCGGCCAAGGCUGCGGCCAAGGCCAAGGGCGAGCCGGUGCCCAAGACGAAGCGUGUGCCCCAGGGGCCCCGCGGCGGCUUCGAGCUGAUCCCGGAGAAGGUGGAGACCAUUGCCGCCAUCCCGUACGACAUCAUCAAGGAGGGCCUGGUGUAAACGGUUGUCUGUGCUGGCUGCUUUUGCGCAUUCAGGGGUGUGUAACGGCAUAGACGCUGCUGUGAUCAUAUGUGCGACUCCUUGCCUAAAACAUUUUCAGCCGCAUGAAUACAAUCGCAG